AUGUCUCCACCCAUUGCAAUCGAGCCGCAGAGUGCGUAUGUGCCCUCUACUUUCACGAAGUCGCCGGAGGUAGCAGUCAAGGUGACCGCCCUGCCUGUGAACAAGGAUGUCGAAGAGCGCCCACGGCCAUCCCCAAAAGGCUACUACGACUCCCUUGAGCUGUUCCCUCGCGUGCACGAGGAGUCGUACGCCGAGAUGAAGGCUGAAAACUACCCCUACCUCGAUCUCCUGCCUCAUUCGCCAAAAGGCAUCCACCCCCCGCUCAAGGAGGUGCCGCACAGCGAUGUCGGGCUCCGCGCCGACCCUGCCAUGCCCAACCUGCUCAAGGCUCCUGGCGCGGUGUUCAAGGAGAUGACGCCCGGGUUCGGCAGCGAGGUGCAUGGCAUCCAGCUGAGCCAGAUGACCAACGCGCAGAAGGACGAACUGGCGCUCAUGGUGGCCAAACGCGGAUUGUUGGUGUUCCGCGACCAGGACCUGAAGGAUCAGGGCCCGGCCAAGAUGCUGGAGCUGGGCGAGCACUUCGGUCCUCUCCACACUCAUCAGUUCGGAGACAUGGUGAAAGGCUAUGCCGGCCUGACCGCCGUCUACCGCGACCAGCACAAGAAGCUGGCGGACGCCCACGUCGCGGGUAACGUGAGCAGUAUCAACUGGCACACUGACAUGAGCUACGAGAUUAACACAGUGGGCACCACCUUCCUCAUGCACAUGACUGGUCCCCCCUCGGGCGGAGACACCAUCUACGCCAGCAUGACAAAGGCCUUCUCCAAGCUCUCGCCUGCCUUCCAAGAGUUCCUGUCGACUCUCUCGGCCGUGCACAGUGGCCACCGCCAGUUCAGCAAGGCCAAGACUGCCACAGGUCUCAUCCGUGAGACCAUCGAGACUAUCCAUCCAGUUGUCCGUACUCACCCCGUGACGGGCGAGAAGGCUCUGUGGGUGAACCCGACCUACACCAGCGAGAUCGUCGGUCUGAAGGAAGAGGAGAGCGAGGCUAUCUUGAGAAUGCUGUUCUUGCAUACCCAGAUGGGCCAGGACUUCCAUGUCAGAGUCCAUUGGGAACCGGGCACAGUGGUCGUCUACGACAACCGCAUCACUCAGCACAGUGCUCUUUUGGACUUCGAGCCGGGCCCGGGGAUUAGGAGACAUUUGAUUAGGAUCACUCCCCAGGCGGAAAGGCCGUUUUAUUAG